AUGGGAGGCAUCUUGAGAUCAACGUUGGAUGUAUGGAGAUGGGAACAAAUAGCAAGGAAUAAUAUUUGGGAGUUGACACAUGAAAGGAGUCAAGGCCUUCCUGCUGCCUUAGAAGUGAGCUACUACUAUCUUCCUCUACACUUGAAAGGUUGUUUUGCUUUUUGUUCAAUAUUCCCAAAAGGCUAUCAAUUUCAAAGACAAGAGUUGGUCUUAUUAUGGAUGGCGGAAAAUCUUGUCAUGCGCUCCAAGGGGAAUAGAAAAAUGGAAGAAGUUGCCGGUGAGUACUUUGAUGAUUUAGUAUCUACGUCAUUUUUUGUAAAAUCCAAGGACAGGAGCGGUAGAUCUAUUUUUCUGAUGCAUGAUCUACUUGUGGAUUUGGCUAAAAUUGUUUCUGGAAAGUAUAGUUCUUUAUUAGAGCACAAUGAAGACACUGUUAAGUUCGAGAAGAAGACACGUCACCUCGGAUGUUUAAUGGAACAUUCUACUAAUAACAAGGUAUCUAGCUAUGAUUUUGAAGGUACACAUUUGCGAACCUUUUUAACAUUAAGUUCAAGAUAUUCUGAAAUCAGUUCUUCUAAGGAAGUAGUGCAGAAUUUGUUAUCAAUGUUGAAACGUUUGAGAGUUCUAUCUUUUCGUGGUCUUCGUAUGGCUGAGUUCUCUGACUCAAUUGGUGAACUUAAACAUCUUCGCUAUUUAGAUCUUUCCAAGACUCAAAUUGUGAUGCUGCCCGAAUUCGUAACUAAAUUGUACAAUUUGCAGACAUUGAAGUUAGAGGAUUGUGAUCAUCUUCAAAUUCUACCCAAAGAUAUGCAUCAUCUUAUUAAUUUGAGACAUCUUAUUAUCAGUGGAGAUAGUCUAGUCGAGAUGCCAAGUCAAAUAAGUAAAUUGAAAAAUCUCCAAAUUUUGACAACUUUUGUGGUGGGGAUGGAUAGUGGUGCUAAAAUAGAAGAAUUGGCAGAACUUCAUAGUCUACAUGGAGAGCUUUCCAUUAAGAAGUUAGAAAAUGUGACCAAUAUUACAAAAGCACCGGAUCAAAUUGUACUGGAGAAGAAGCAACUUGAGAAAUUGCAGUUGCAAUGGAGUGUUAUUUAUUCUAAUGUUGAUCCAAAACAAGGAGAGGCUGUGCUGGAAAUGCUUUCACCUAACACAAUGUUGAAGGAGCUCGAGAUUAUGUACUAUCCAGGUAAAAUAUUUCCAAAUUGGGUUGGGAAUGAUUCAUUUAGCAACAUUGCUGAAGUAACUCUUGAUGGUUGUGAGCAUUGCUCCUAUUUGCCACCCUUUGGGCAACUUCCUUUGCUAAAAGAUCUUUCCAUCUCAAGAUGCAAUUCGGUAGUGACGGUGGGUGCUGAGUUUUACGGGAAUUGUUCUGGGAGAAAGCCAUUUUCAUCAUUGGAAACAUUAAGGUUCAAGUACAUGUCAUCAUGGGAGAAAUGGCAUCCAAUGCAAACCAAAGAGGCAACAACAUAUGAGAAGCUCAAAACACUUGAGAUUGCUCGUUGUCCAAAGCUUGUCGAAGAUUUGCCUGGCUUGCUUCCUUCAUUGAUAAGUAUUAAAAUUAUGGGUGGCAAGCAGUAUCCAUUAUUAAGUCUCCCAAUAUUACCAUGUGUCACAAAUAUGAGCAUUGAAAAGUUGGAGAAUUGGAAGUCAUUGUAUGAGGCAAUAAAGCCAAGGAAUUCUUGUUCCACUCUCACUCCACUCUACCAUUACCCUCCUCUUCAGUCUCUUAGGUUAACAUAUUGUGGAUCAUCAUUUAGAUCCCUCCAUUUGGAUUUAUUUCCCAAUCUCAAAACUCUUCACAUUGAAUCCAGCGACUACUUUGAAGCUAUCUCAGUGUCAGAUGGGAAAUCUCUUGAGGAACUAACAUCUUUAUCUAUUCGUAAUUGUGGUAGUUUUGUAUCUUUCCCAAAUGAUGGACUUAUUGCUCCCAAGCUGAGUUCAUUGCGGAUUGCUAAUUGCCGUAAAUUGAAAUGGUUGCCAGAGAAGAUGGCUAUCCUCUCAGCUUUGAAUGAAUUGGAAAUCAUAGAUUGUCCGUUGCUAGAACCUUUUCCUGAAGAUGCACGUGAACGUAGUCUGCCUGUUACUUUGUCUAGUCUUGUUAUAUCGUAUGAUGAACUUUUAAGGAUGAAAUGGAAUUGGCAAACAUUACCCCAUCUUACCUAUCUUUCUAUUUCUGGUAAUGAAGAAGAUAUGGAGUCAUUUCCGGAGGAAGGGCUACUGCCUACCACUAUUACCUCUCUUAGUAUCUCUUUUUUUUCAAAACUUAGAGGGCUGGACAAAAAUGGGCUUACACAACUCACCUCCUUGCAAACACUUGGAGUCUUGUUUUGCCCUGAGUUGGAGACAUUGUCAGAAGAAGGGUUUCCAACCUCCCUCACCUCUUUGAGCAUACGGCGUUGUCCUCUGGUGAAGAAAAAGUACGACCCAAAGGAGAGUGGGAAUGAGGAGUACUGGAACAACAUUAGUCACAUACACCAUGUCAUUUUCUCAUGAUGAGCUUGCAUUUGCGACAUAAUCUCAGGAAGGAAGGAAGGAAGGAGGUAUAUUCCAUGGCAUGACACAAGCAGUGUUGUGUUGGUGUAAUCACACUUUGCCAUAAUAAACUUGGGAAGACCUCACUCAUCAUGGACAUGUCACCUUCAUCUCAUCUCAUCUACUGUUAUUUUAUAAAUACAAAAAUCCUAAGUUUUAGAAAGUGAUUUUAAGUUUUAAAAAAUCAAAGGAUUAUAUUGGAAUCAAUAUUAAACAUGAA